AUGAGAUUUUCCUACGUCCAGAUCUUUGCCCGGCGGGAUGGCGUAUUAUAUUCAGGGAAAUGGUCAAACCGACAUGAAUCUCCGAAUACGCUCGAGGAACUUCAAGAACUUAAGCAAAUCCCGACCGAGGACAGGGGCCCGGAGAUUAAAACAGUCUGGUCUGCGGUGUUUGUGAAAACGCCAAAUCUUCUCGCAUAUGUCGAUGGAAAUCUCGAAAAGCGAAUCUCUCGCGAAGUUGAAGCCUGCGAAAUCCUUCGGAAGAAACCCCAUCCGAACAUUGCGACUUAUUACGGCUACAAUGAAAGUCACGGUCGAGUCUCUGGCUUAUGCUUCAAGCGAUAUACGUCCACCUUGCUUGAAGCGGUCAAUCCUCAACGCCUUAACAAGGCCGCCUUUCUUUCAAGCCGCCGCGAACUAGUGACGGAUUGUAUGAAAAGCGGCCUUCAAGGGCUCCUGGAUGCUAUCAAACAUCUUCACUCGCUUGGGCUUGUCCAUAAUGACAUCAAUCCUGCCAACAUUAUGCUCGACGAAGAGGGCACACUCAUUCUCAUCGACUUCGAUAGCUGCCGAUACAUUGGGGAGUCCCUACGCAGCACGGAAACAAAAAGGACUCAACACUGGCACGACCCUACUGUGGAAAUAUCCAUCGAAAAGAAUGAUUUUGACGCUUUCAAAGAUCUGCAAACCUGGCUGACUGGAUCAACUGCUGAAGACUUCAUUUUUCUAUAA